UGCGUCUAGGUCGCGAGCCCGAGACGAAGUUCCGCGCUGAUGAGAAUAAAACGGCAUUAUAUUCAUUGUUAUGAACAGAUUACUGCCUGCUGAUUUUCUAUAUCCUAUUGAAAAUCCACUGCUUUCCUAAGGCCAAUGGAUGAUGAUGAAAGUCGACUCAAACUUGAGAAUGUUCCAAGCCAGCCGUUCUCAGCCUUACCCUGCGAUUCAACACUACUUUCUUCAAUUAUGAAUAAAAAUGAGACCCUGAUGAAAGAGAAUAUUAGCUAUGUGAGACUCAAGAAUUUAAGUAUAUAUAUCAUGUUUAUUUUACAUUAUAUUCGUCCAGCAGUAUAUUGAGUCAUUUUAAUAGGUUUUAGAGUUUUUGACUAUUGCCACAUAUUCCGUUCGUCAGCUUCAUGGAUCAGUGAUCUUACCUACAAAUGAGGCUACCUAUAACCAGCAGAGAAGUCGGUAAUUGAAAAACAAGCUUUACAGAUCAAACUACUGGAAAACAAGCUUAAAGUAACGGAAUAUAAUAAUGAAACAACGGAUUCACAACAAAUUGAAAGGUUGCAGAAGUAUUGUGAAGAGCUGCAGAAACAAGCAAGCAAUGCAAUGAAUAAAUGUAUAUAUUAUUUCGAUUCGUAGAUUUUGGAAAUGAAGGAGUUUCUUCAUGACCAUGGUCUCAUAUGGGUAGGAGGACAAUCUACUGACCACGAAACCAGCCCGAGAAAUGACAAUGGGAUAAAACUCGAUGAAACGAUUCUAAGGUGCUUAGUUCAACAAAUUUACGUGUUGAAUAGUUGGAAUAACGAUACCAAUGAUGAGAGAAAAGUUAUAUUAAAACCAAAUUCGCCUAAUGUAGCUUGUCUCAGAAAUCAGUCACCGAUUCCACUAACUGUAUAUGCAGAUGGACUGUACCUUGGCUCUGGGCCAUUUCGUUCCUACAAUAAUCAUGAUACUCUUCAAUUUGUUCAAGAUAUACUGGACGGUUAUUUUCCAUCAGAAUUACAAUCCACUUAUCCAUAUGGGGUUCAAUUUAAACUGAUCGAUAAACACACAACUCAUUUUAUGUCAUUGAAAAAAGCAACACCAUUCUCAUCUGAUGGUUAUAAAUUGGGAAAUUCAGUCACAAGUGAACAAGGUGUAAAUCAGGAAAUUUCCUCCGUCAAUGAGAAACAAUUAUCAAAGAAUAAUAAAACUGAAGAAUUCUAUGUUGAGCAAGUCAAAAAUCAAACCAAUGUUGGAUGUGAUGCUUUAUAUAAUGAACUAAUUUCAAAUGCAACAAAUACUAUUAGACAAGAUAAAUCGUUAACUUUUGAUGAUUUGAUAAAAUGCUUGCCAGAGUACAAAUUAGCAAAAUCUGAUCAGUUGUCAAAUAUUCGAAAAGACAUGAAAGAUGAAUUUAAUGGACAUAUUAAUAUUCCGUCAUCUAGAAUAAUUAAAACAUAUAACAUAUCUAAAAAUAACUCAACAGACAAGAACCGAUCAAAGUCAGAACUUAUAACAUUAAGAAUUCAUUCAGAAGAUGGUUCACAAGUUUAUAAUAUUGAAAUGCAUCCAGAAGAUACAGUAGGAGAAUUAUAUGCAGCGUUAGAUCAUGCUAGAUCGACAAUUCUCUCAAAAACUAGUAGACAUUAUCGCCUUGUAGCUAUGGAUUCACAAAGUACUAUUGAAAAUAAACCGUGUUAUCGUCGAAAAUUAGUUGAUCUUUCCUCAACACUGUUGGCAGCUGGAAUGGUAGAUCGUACUACACUUCGCAUGGAAGUGCUUCCGCAAGAAUUGACGAAAAUUCACUCACAAUUCGAUGUGAAUGAUGUCUUGUCAACUCAGAGAUUAAGUUUAUGGAGUCAAAAUAAAUCAAUAAAGUCAAAUGGCUUAUCGGAUCAACCUUUUAAUGAAUUGCUGAAAUCACCAACGCUUAAUUGAAUAUUGGACAUUUGUAACAACUUUCAUGACGAUGGAAAGCACAAUAUAUUUUAGCAUAACAUUUCGUUUUAUUUUGAAUAAAAUAAUAUAAAAUUCUGAUUCAUUUUUC